UUUUAAAGUAAUUAGUUUGAUUAAUCUAUAUUGUAAUUUUGUUUCAGACAAGACAAGAGAAAGAAAGAGAAGGAAAGAGAGAGUGUCUGAUAUAUCCACUAUGGCUGCAUCUAGAGAGUUUAUGAUCUGUUGCUUCUUGACACUACUCUUAUGCAAUUUCUUCAUGAGAGGAGUCGAAUCAGGUGCUGCUGCUGGCGUCAGCGCAGGAGGAGGAUGUGGCGGCGAUGGUACCCUCGGGGACGAUAACGAGCGGUGUGUGGAGGCGGUGAAAGAUGACGACGACGAUGACGUGGAUGAUGUUUACAAAGUCAUCAACAAGAUGAGGAUAUAUGCUUGA